AACAGAGGCCGCGGUGGCCACAAGCCGGUAAGAUGGUGAUCACCAGGUCCGCGCGGUCGCAGGCCGGUGUCCAGGCUGCGUCGCCUGAAAGCCCCGGGCAGAAGAAUUCUGCUAAAAGAAUCCAAGCGCAUUUACAAGGCAGGAAGGAAUCUCCAUCUGAUGAUUCAAGUACUGCUGAAUCACAGAGCAAUAGGAAACAAAGUUCAAUUCCUAAAACUGGAAAGAGGGUGAGCAGAACUACAGGCUCAUUACCAGAAAUGAACAAACCAUCUACUGAUGGAGAAACUUCUGAAGCAGAGUCAAAUUGUUCUGAGCUCCAGGAUUCUGUUUACAGAGUAACUAGGAGAAGGCGAAUCUUAGUUGCAUGCACCCCAGUGUCCAGCGUUAGGAAAAGGCUGAAAAUAGCUUCAAUAAAUGAGUCUCAUACUGAAGAAGAAGUCUCUGAAGCAGAAUCGCAUGUAUCAGGCAUUUCUAGAAUUGUGCCUUCUACAAGAACCAGAAGAAGUAAGACUAAAUCCCUACUAGAUCCAAGCCAAGAAUCACAUUCAGAUGCUGUUUCUGAUGCUGAGUCAUCAUGCUCAGAUAUGUCUACAUUUUCUGGGGUUGCAACUAGGAGAACAACAAGGAGUAUGCAGAGGAAAUUACAAUCACAAACAGAGGAGAAAGACACUGAGAUUAUAUCAGGAAAUGUAAAGCAAAUAAUAAAUAUACCUAUGAAUCCAGAGGAUUCAGAUACCAGACAAACUUCUUGUUUACAAGCAAGAUCUCUUCCUCAGAUAAAUAAUCCAGAUUUCUCUAAUAAUGAAAUUUGUAAUGACUUUGAUGAUGAUUCUUUCCAUGGAAAAUCAGGGAAAAAACCAACAGUGCAAAAAUGCCAACGUCUUAAUAUAAGAGAGGAAACACAGGCCAGUGUUGCACCUCUCAAAGAAAUAACAAAGCAGAACUGUAAGAGUUUAGAUGAAGAAAUCGAAGGAAUGAUAGGUGAGGGAAAAGAAAUUAAUGAGAAAAUUUCUGAAUUGAGUUUUUCUGAACUUGAGGACACUAACCUUCAGUUAGUUUCUCAAAGGUAUUCAACCCCCCAAAAUAACAAAACCACAUCAAAGCCCUCAAAUCUGAACUGUGAGGCUGUAAUGAAAUCAUUAUCGCAAACAUUUGCAGUUGUGGAAAUAGACAGAUGGACUGAAGAGAGAAAGAGCACCAUAAAAACAAGUGAUUUCACAUCUAGUGAUGGUGGUGGUAGUGAUGAAGAAGAGUGCACAGUUAUAGAUGUUAGUGAAGACAUGAAUAAAGAAAGGGAUGUACAUGUUGACUGUGAUACCAAACUCUACAAGUCUGAGCUCAACACAUCUCAGGAUAAAGAUGAUUCUGUUUUAUUACUUCUCAGCAGUGAUGAAAGCCAGCAGUCUGAAAACUGUGAGACUGAAGAGGACACUGUGUGUUUUGCUGAAAAUAGUGUUCAAAGGGGGUCAUUAAAUGGAGACUCAGAAAAUAAGUUAUGUGACAAUGCAUUGUUUGUAAUUGACACAACUCCUGGAUUUAGUACUGAUAAAAAUUUUUACUUGGAUGAGGAAGACAAGGCAAGUGAGGUUGCCAGUGAGGAAGAAGAGGAAGAGGAUGGAAAAAGUGAAGAAGAGCCAUCAGAUCAAGACAAAAAUAAAGAUGAUGAGUUUAGUGAUGAAGAUGAUUUACUAAAUAGCACAAAGUCUAAACUUCUGAAGUUGACAAGCAGCAGCAUAGACCCUGGUCUGAGUAUCAAACAAUUGGGUGGUUUGUAUAUAAAUUUUAAUGCAGACAAACUACAGUCAAACAAGAAAACCCUAACACAGAUCAAGGAGAAAAAGAAAAAUGAGAUUAUGCAGAAAGCCAUCAUUACUCCUGACUUUGAAAAAAACUACUGUGUCCCACCAUAUCGUGAAUCAAAAUACCAUCUUCAAAAAAAACGCCGAAAAGAGCGACAAAAAACAGCAGGUGAUGGCUGGUUUGGCAUGAAAGCUCCAGAAUUGACGGAUGAACUAAAAAAUGAUCUCAAAGCACUGAAAAUGAGAGCUGGCAUGGACCCAAAAAGGUUUUACAAGAAAAACGAUAGGGAUGGCUUCCCUAAAUACUUCCAGAUUGGAACCAUUGUUGACAAUCCAGCUGACUUCUACCAUUCACGAAUUCCCAAGAAACAAAGGAAGAAAACUAUUGUGGAGGAACUGCUGGCUGAUUCUGAGUUCAGAAGGUAUAAUCGAAAGAAGUACUCAGAGAUCAUGGCUGAAAAAGCAGCAAAUGCAGCAGGAAAGAAGUUUCGAAAGAAGAAGAAAUUUCGCAAUUAAGAUUCACUAAGUAAACCACAGUACUUUACAUCUCUCCUUUAUUUAUUUACUAAAGAUGUUUUCUGGCCUGGCCGGAGUGGCUCAGUGGAUUGAGCAUUGUCCCAGGUACUGAGAGGUUCCAGC